CCGAACAUGAGGCAUCUCUCUGCCGCUGCGCAUGCAAACCGCCAUGGCCUGCUCUCGUGUCAUAUCCGUGUUUAUUCUUCUGAGUCUUGCCAUGGCCGCAUCGAAGGCGACAAUGUACCCUUCUGAAGAGGCGGUUGUCGUACAUGCCGUGACGACCAACCCAAACCUCACAUUGCUGACCACAUCGCUGAAGUCGCUUAGAAUGCCUCUUGAGUUUUGGUUGGUGGAGAGAUUGAGGGGAUUGAUUGGCAGUAGUGAGGUGAUACGGCGAGGAGCCGCCAUGUGGAGUAGAGGCAGCACGAUGGCGGUGGGCAUGUCGGCGGUUUCCCCGAGUAGGUGGGGAAGGGAUCUCUACGUGCGCGAGGGAAGCGAUGCCUCCGCGGCCGCCACCGCAGCGCCGUAUUUGCACGGCUUCGCGGCAGCUACUGCCAUUGAGAGCCCUCUGCCUCAAUCUCUCCUGAACACGUCGGCGAUUAUGGUGGGAAGACAGGUUAUGGCGGGAAAGCCGGCUAUGGAAGAAGCUGUGAUGCCGUUCAUUGCCGCUCCUAAGGAAGGGAAACAAAGUCAAGGACUUUCUACCGCCCAGUCCUUCGCAGUCGACUUGCUCGCUAGUGGUAUCUCUGGUGGCAUUUCGAAGACCGUUGUCGCGCCAAGGGGGUCGAAGGCCAUCCGUGGUACUGGUGGGGCGUUCGUGCUUGUUCUCUACGACGAGAUUCAGAAGUCGAUUGCAGAGGAAAGCAGCCGGGCAUCGCAAUUGGCCGGCUCUGUGAGAAGUGCGAUGGGAAAUGUGUGAUAUGUGAUUCUUAUGUGCGGCCGUGUACACUUGUGCGAAUUUGUGAUGAGUGCAAUUACGGGUCGUACCAGGGAAGAUGCGUCAUAUGCGGGGGUCAAGGAAUCUCCGAUGCCUAUUAUUGCAAGGAGUGCACACAGCAAGAGAAAGAUAGAGAUGGAUGUCCAAAAAUCGUCAACCUUGGCAGCGCAAAGACGGAUCUCUUCUACGAGAGGAAAAAAUAUGGCUUCAAGAAAAGAUAGUACAAAUAGUGACACCGUCCGCACUGUUGCUGGCUGUUUGCGAGGUGCGGAGCAAUCGCAGCUGGGGGCUUUUAGGGGCGGAUGGAUGGUUGUGGAGAGGAAGGACGCCUGCUCUUCUCUUCCAUAUUCUGUGGCCUCCCUCGUCCUGUGAACUGCAUUCUCCUCAGAGCCAUUGCCAUAGCCAUAGACCAUAAUUGGCUUGUUUCUCUGACAGACUCGAUGCUGCGUAGUAUCCGCUUGUCAGCAGCUGAUGAUGGGUACAAGAUUGGCGGCAUACAGUCCCAAUUUGCGGCGUACGAUCCCAAUUGACGGCAUACAGAUCCCAAUUGGUGGCAUACGGUCCCAAUUGGGGGCAUACGGUCCCAAUUGGGGGCAUACGGUACCAAUCUGGUCUCCUCUCGAUUUUGUUCACAAUAAAGAAGAUUGGGGGCAUACAGUCCCAAUUUGGUCUCCUCUCGAGCAUCAGCUGCUGACCUGUGGUCGGGCCUGUUCGGGUGGACCCCGUGCCACUUGGAGCUAGGAAGAGAAAACCUUGACAAUGUCCAGUUUUGAUCAUCCUUAGACCUAUGGUUGGACCUAUUCUGGUGGACCUUCAUGUUGUUUGGACCUAGGAACAGGAGUUUGUCAAGCGUUGACUGUCCUUGGACCUGUUGUUGCAUUUUGUUUGGGUGGACCUCUUUGUCAUUUGGACCUAGAAGCAGAGAAUUUUGUCCAUGUUUGACUGUACUGGGACCUGGGGAUGUCCCUCUUUGGGUGGCUUUCUUUGCCCAAGUUUGAACUUCCUUGGACCUGUGGUUAGUCUUCGGAUGGACCUCUUUGUCAUUUAGAGAAUUUUGGACCUAGGAACAGUGAAACUCGGUCCAGGUUUGACUGCCGUUGAACCCGUGGUUGGGCAUGUUCGGAUGGACAUUCAUGGUGUUCGGACCGGCCAAGAGGGAGGAGCUUCAACAUGGUUGGACCAAGGAACAGUGGCUGGUUGCAGCAAUGUAUCAGGGAAUGAUCUUUGGAUGCACUUGUGGCUCAGGAGCAGGUUUCCCAGGAACUAUGGCCACGUGCAAGUCCGUCGAGUUACGUUCUCAAUCGACCGGGAUACACUGGUCUUCAGUCGCUCCAGCACAAACUUAAGAUUGUGCUUGAAAUGAUACACAAAACGUUUUGAAGAGAAGAGUUUUCACAGCUAGCACAGCAUCUACUGGGCAUUAGGAAGUGAGAUCAGCAGCUAUACUGGGCUUGCAAUGUGAAAUCAGCUGUUACUGGGAGUUGGGGUGUGUGAAGUCAGCUAUUUGGGUGUUAAAGUGUGAAAUCAGCAGCUAUUCGGCGUUAGGGCCUGAAGUCGGCUAUUGGGUGUUAGGGCGUGAAAUCGGCUAUUGGGCCUUAGGAGAACAUUCUUCUAACUUACUUGCCGUUAUGGUGUGAAAUCGUUCGAGAUGGGAAACAUUUUUUGGUCAAGCAUUAGAUGAGAACUGUGCUGCUGCUGCUGCUGCGUACAGAGUCUUAACGUUGUCUCAGUGUAUGCAUCCAAACGGAGCUUGCCGUGGGGCUGGGUUACUGUUUCCAGCGCAUUUCCUUGUGGGUUUCUCAAAUGUGGGAUGGAUUAUGGCUUGAUUUAUCUUUCUGAAAAUCUACUCUGCAAUCAGCGGAGCUCUAAACAAGUGUGCCUUUGUGACAAUAACUCCUUAGAACUGUCGAACCCCGAACUCCUAGAUGGCAGUCUAUGCUUGGUUUCAGA